AUGGCCCUGCACAUCCGCGACUCCGUGGACCUCCUCUUCGUCGGCGGCAAGGGCGGCGUCGGCAAGACUUCCGUGUCCGCGGCCAUCGGCUUCGAGUGGAGCGCCCGGGGCGCGCGCACGCUCCUCGUGUCGACGGACCCGGCCCACUCCCUCGGCGACGCCCUCGGCGUGCGCCUGUCCGGCGCGCCGACGCGCGUCGGCGACAACCUCGACGCCGUCGAGGUCGACGCCGACGCGGCGAUGGCCAACUGGCGCCGCGCGGUCGAGGCCUUCGACGCCGAGGCCUUUGGGGCGCGCUACGGCCCCCUGGGCGUCGAGGCCGUGCGGUCCCUGGGGCUCGACGAGUUCGUCGAACUGCUCGCGUCGCCGCCGCCGGGCAUCGACGAGCUCGUGGCUUUGGCGGACGUCGUCAAGUACGCGAGGGAUGAAAACUACGACCGCGUCGUCGUCGACACGGCGCCGACGGGCCACGCUUUGAGAUUGUUGGACCUGCCCCAGUUCGCCGACGGGCUCGUGGGGAAGCUCGUGGGGUUGCGGGACCGCGUCGGUUCGCUGGCGAAACUCGCGGGCGGCGUCCUGGGCGCGUCGAACCCCUUGGCGGGCGCGGCGGGCGACGUCGACGCCGUCGCGGCGAAGCUCGAGACCUUGAAGGCCGGCCUCGACGGCGUCCGCGACGCGCUGCGCGACAGCGAGCGCACGGAGUUCGUCGCCGUCGCGAUCCCGACGGAACUCGCCUACGCGGAGACGCGGCGCCUCGCGACGAAGCUC